AUGGAUGUAAAUAUUAAAAAAAUAAAUGGAAUCCAGUUUAUUUUAGUCUUUAAUUUCUUAUAUUUCCACUUAUUUAAAGCUCAAGCUUACAAGUUAUCCAAUAUCGGCAGCCUUAAUAAUUUCGUCAAUAUCUCAAAAUACGGAAAUAAACUUGAUAGUGAUCUUUUCCGCCUCUACGUGGACAAGGAAAGAGAUCUUCCUCCAACCGACAGAAUUCUGAUUUUUAAAGACCCCAAACAGCCUAGAGACUAUCUAUGGAAGACUCGCUGGCCAGAAACUGCUAAAAUGGUCCAAUUGAGAGCAAUAAAGCAUGGCGUUGGACAGAUCACUUCACCUGACGGAAUUGUAGAGACGGUUACUGCUCUCAGAGUAUUACCAUGUACAAUAUUACAGUUUAUGGAUUUCGGUUACGCACUUGUAUCAUACGGUACAUUUAAUAAAUAUGCCACAUCCCUUCUUAAAUUUAUUAAACAGAUUUUCAACGAAAAUAUAGGAAAACCACUUUGGACAAGACAUUGGAACAAUAGACCUGAAUUAGGAAAACUUAUUAAAAUCUCUGCAAAUAACGCCGAAACUUUCCCAGUUAAACUCCAGCCACCACAAGACUACGUGCUAGGCCAGCUUGUCGAUGUUUCCUCCUUUGUGGGAUGCACCCACGCCAAGGUUACUGGAAUCACAAAGGGGAAAGGGUUUCAGGGAGUCAUCAAAAGACAUGGAUUUAAAAGGGGACCGAUGAGUCACGGCUCAAAGCAUCACAGGAGGCCAGGGUCCAUAGGGGCCUCAACUACACCGGGUUGUGUAAAACCGGGUAAGAAGAUGCCUGGGAGAAUGGGCGGGAAGAGAUGUACCUUUAGAAAACUGAAGAUUCUGGGUCUAAACCCAGAAACCUCGCUUCUAUACGUAAAAGGUCAUGUAGCAGGUCCAAAGGGUUCGUACGUUACUGUAACAUCUGACGUCCAACCACCUCUUAAACAAUUAUUAAAAUAA